AUCAAAACAUGCAAAAAUGUUCAUUAGUGCCAUGAUCCUCUUUCAAGGAAACAUGGUCCAUUUUCAUUCAAGAAAGCUUCUAUGUGAUGAUCUGAAGUAUCAACAUACAACCACAAUCAUCAAAACAGGAGUGGAGGCUAUAGCAGCUUCACCAGCACCAAGUCCAUAUACGGAAAACAAAACCUUUGAUACAAAUGUGGUGAUGGUCCUAUCCGUGCUUCUCUGUGCUCUCGUUUGUUCCUUAUGUUUGAACGCGAUUAUCAGGUACUCGGAAGGGUUAAAAUUGCCUGGAUUGGACAAAGAGUGUGCAAUUUGUUUAAGUGAUUUUAUUUUCGAAGAACAAGUCAAAAUACUGCCAAAAUGUAGCCAUGGUUUCCAUGUUCAAUGCGUCGAUAAGUGGUUGAGCUCACAUUCCUCUUGCCCAACAUGUAGGCACUCCCUUAUAGAAACAUGCGAAAAGAUUUUGUUGGGGGGAGCGCAUAGCAUUACAACACCAUCACAAUUUAACGUGCAACAUCCUACCAUUAUCAGUACGAUAAGCGUCAUGCCAUUGCAACCUGAACGUUUUGAAGAAAGGUUUGAGAUCUAGGAGUGCUCGCGGCUGGUUUUAAAUGGUUUUUGGGUCAAACCGUGAACCAUAGGUGUUAAGGGUUUGUAUUACUGAAAUAUGCAACAUUGGAAUUGAAAUUAACAUGUGUAUUAAUAUUGAGGCUGGUUUUCCCCCAUCAAUCUUAUUAAC